GAAAAGGAAGGAUCAUGGUCCAUUUCAUUAUUUAAAAGAAGAUAAUUACAAAUAAUAUCAUUUGUGUAGUUUCCUUUGUAUUGGGGUAUAUAAACUCUUAAACCAACAAAAUGUGACACAAACUUUUGGAAUUUCCAGGUAUCAUGGCAUGGUGGACAUCUUAUUCAUUCUUGUAAUUCUUGACUUUAGGUUGAAUUAUUUCCCAUUGAGUUAUUUGAGUUGAUCUCCAAAAACAAGUCAUAUGGAGCUCUGUUACCAGGGACUCACCAACAUGGGCUGUAUUUGCACCAAAACCACGAAGAAGGUGGCCAGGGUCCUCACCGAGAAGUACCAUACUCACCUGGGCAGUGACUUCUAUACCAACAAUCCCCUGUAUGGGGAGAUCGUUACUAUUCCUAACAAGAAGUUCUGUAGCGAGAUUGGAGGGUAUGUCAAAUAUCUGAUGGGAUGGAAUCAGAGGGGCCUGGUGAUGGGUAUCUCCAUCAAACUGCAGAAGGAGGAGAGAAAAAGAAGCGUUAAUUAUGUUUCUGAGGUCUCAGCUCUGGAUUAGGAGAUCAUUGAAAUAGAUCCGAGGCUCUUGAAAUUUGGCAGUCUGCUCAGCCUGCAGGUCACUCAGCCUACAAUUGGGAUACAUUUCAAAACAUCAUGUGGAGUUGUUUGA